GCAGUCACGGCCACUACUCUACUCGGCCGCGGGGGGCGCUGCGCUGCCCGCCAACAGAGGGAAGCAACGCCUCGCCGGCUCCGAGCAAAAUGGAGGCGGCGUGCAGGCGCUUCCACUCCUACGACUUCGCGGCCGAUCGGGUGUUUGAGCGCGGCCUGCGGCAGCUCGGAGAAGCGGCGCGGGCAUCGGGGGAACGGCUCCUGGAGACGAGAAUCCACUACUACUCCCGGUUUGUCGAACCCAUUGACCUUGAAGACUACAAAAGGUGGCUUUCCUCGCAGAUCGCUGAUCAGAGUAGCAACCCGACAACAGAAGAAAUGACAGAUGCUUUCGAGAAGCUGCUCAAACAAUCCUCAGAUGGCGAUUCAGCUGCAUUAGAGUCCAUUAACAUCAGUCACAAACAAUGCACAACUCAGCGAACUAAAAUGGCAGAUGCAGGAGUGCAUGUUCAGUUUAGUAAAGAAAUAGGAGGUAAAGUUGCUUAUAAACCAACUGAACACAGUCAAAAUGAACAAAUACAUCAAAACAAAGCAGCUAGCUACCUUGCUGAUUUAGCUACCACAACUAGAACGAAAGGGGAAAGAUGCAGCCUGUCUUUCCCUCAGGUUCUCCACCUGGUACAAAGUGGGCAGGAAGUCCCAGGCAUUCAAAAAUUAAACAUCACGUCAACCAACAGUGUGCCUACAAUGUCACAAUUGGCAAGGAAACCCAAACCCUGGGAACGUAACUAAGAGACAAACGAGGAACUGCAGAAGCUGGUUUACAAAUAACUUUACAAAAUGUUGGUGCAACUCAGCAGGUCAAGCAGCAUCUCUGAAGAACAUGGAUAGGUGAUGUUUCAAGUUGAGACUUGUUGUUUCAGGUCCUGAGCCGCAACGUCACCUAUCCAUGUUCUCCAAAGAUGCUGCCUGAUCCGCUGAGUGAUUCCAGCACUCUGUGAAACGUCACCUAUCCAUGUUCUCCAAAGAUGCUGCCUGAUCCGCUGAGUGACU